AUGUCCGUUGUCUCAGCCCUGAAGGGCGACUUGCCGCAGCAAGCUCGAUCAUUGUACCGCCAGCUGCUGCGUCAAGGCAAGCAGUUUGAGGCCUACAACUUCAGAGAAUACGCGAAGCGCCGAACGAAAGACGCAUUCCGAGAGAAUGCGGGCGUGCAGGACCCUAGAGAGAUACAGACUCUCAUACAGAAGGGGCUGAAGGAGUUGCAGAUGAUGAAGCGCCAAACGGUCAUUAGCCAGUUCUACCAGAUAGAUCGGUUAGUAGUGGAGGGCGGAAUAUCGGGUAAGCAAAGCGGAAAGUCGGGAGAUAUUUCGCGGCAGAAGGAUACAGGGGUCACCUCGUUCUUCUUAUGCGUCUCGCCUCUACUACACGAGACGUACCAGCCCUGUACCAUUACAACUUCAUUGUACAUCAAGCGCGCGUUUCGUCCAAAUACCCAAACGCGACGUGGAAAUCGUAGUGGAUAUGUAGAACAUGACGAUUUUGAGGGCUUGCCCGUAAGACAAUGGCGCCAGGAAUGGGUUAAAAUUGGACCGCCUCCGCCCGCAGAUACAACUCAGAAGAACGAUAUAUGGGCAAUCGAACUUCCACAUGGCAUGCCCAAAGAUUCGCAUUUGCUGCCCACGCACACUCAAGAGUUGCUAAGAGCAGCUCGCUCGGGGAGGCUGUACAAGCGGCCAGCACCCGCGGAAGAAGAGGAGGUUGACCCCGAUGCCGCCCUAGCAGAAAAAUCGGAGAAGAAGGAGGAGGACCCAAGCAUCAAAGGCUAUCAAGUCAAAGUUUGGAAACAGGUCGCCCGUAAUGCCGAAGGUGCCACUAUUUCCCACCUGGCUAAACGGAGGAAAGGAGUUAUCACGCUAUCGUCUAGCCUUCCGGCUGGCCCGUCAUCUAGUCCGAUCAUAAUGAAAGCUACCGUCCGCCGCAUCGACGCCGCAGGAAAUCCUUACACGCAAGAAAUUACAUUAAAUGAAGGCCAGCCGGUGGAUGGGGAGAUUAUAUCGACUACGGUGGUGCCAGCACCUAAUACUAAUGCAAAUGGCGAAACAUCUGUGGCUGCGACUCCGGUCCGAAGGCGGCCGCCACCGCCUAAGAGAAAGUCUAAGGGUCCUGGCCGAGGACGGAAGAAGAAGCUGCCUUUGCCAACGAACACACGCCCCGAAGCGACUAAUAUAGGCGUGGAUAAUACUACGGAUGGUACCAAACUCAAUCUUCCAGAAUCUGAUAAUACCAAACAAGACGACCAAUCCGAAACCAAAAACCAGGACAGUGAAAUGGCCGACGAUGAUGACGGAGAUGAUGGAGAAGAUGAUGGAGAAGAUGGUGAUGAUGGCGACGAUGGCGACGAGGAGGACAGCGAAAUGCCUGAUGGUGAGAACGGAGCGGGUUUCAGAGCUGAAAGCGAAACCAAACCUGAUAGCGUCGCUGAAGUUCCUCCAACGAUUACUCAGGCUGAGCCCUCCAUCGACACGAUACCACCGGAGAUCUCGCCUAGUGCUGGACCGCUGCUAACAAAAGGACCGUCGCCUCCUUCUAAUUCUAACUUAAACCCAGUCCAACCUCUUCCACAGCAUGUCCCAUCGCAAUUCGAAGGAAGCCCGCUCAAAAAUGUUGUAGCUGCAACAUCACCAGCCGACUUAUCGCCGAAACUUCCACCGAUCGGAGAAAUCGCAAGUACAGUCACUACAACUGAUACUAGACCGUCGGAAACGUCAUUGGCUUCCGUUCCGGCGUUAACCGAUCCCAUCGAAACAGUUGCUCAGGAAACGGAAUCAGCUGCAGCAAAACUUGAAGUAGACGUAGAGAUGACAGAUGGACCUCGCCAAGAGCAGACAGAAACUCUGGUUCCGCCCGUAAUGGAAGAAGAAGCGCAACAACUGGAUAUUUCAGCGGUUAAUCCGCUACCAAUCGUAAAUCCUAUUCAAGGCGAAGAUACUUCUAUGCAUCGCUCAUCACCACCGCCUGCAGUUAUGCCAGAGACUACGAAUACCGAACAGCCAAUCGAAGAGGUUGUUUCUGAGACAGUUGUGAGCGUGGUUACGAAUCAAGAACCGCAGGCCCCUGAAGCGGCUUCGGCUCCGGCUCUGGUACCUACCGAUGACCUACCAGCUCCUGGGCUUAUUGAUACCAAAGCCGAAGGUGCUACUAUAGAAGGCGGAGAGGAGAAUGAACCCGAAAGCCCCGAUUUAUUCAGUGGUCUGGAGGCCGCCUUGAAUCAGCAAGGCGGGUCAAAGGAGGUUACGCCUGCUCCGGAAACGAAGACAGCCUGA